AUGGACAGGAACUACGCGACCUCCGGCUUCGCCGACCCGCCGCCGCCGCCGCCCGCGCCCCCCGCCGCCCCCUCCAGCGCCGCCGCCCCACCACCCCCCGCCCCCGCCUGGGCCUACGAACCCCGAGCCGCGGCCGCCGCCUCCAGCAGCAGCGGCAGCGGCGGUAGCAGCCCCAGCCUCAAGACCAGUUUAAGCUAUGAAGAAGGACAUCCCUCAAACUCUGAAACAGACCUCCUUCAGAGACAGACUUUUGCAGCCUCUCAUCAGCUUCCUGGAUAUGCUGCCACACCUCAGCCAACUGGUCUUUCUGGAGUAUUUGAUACGAGUGUGAAGAGUGCCAGCACUAACACUAAAGAACCUUCGGUGAUGAAUUUUCUCUCUGCUGUUGAGUCCCGACCUGCUCAGGCUGCUUGUCCAGGAGCUACUCUUUUACCACAAUUCAGGGCCCCAUCCUGGCAGACAGGUAUGCAUUCCUCAGCACCAACUGAGCUGUUUGUUACUGGACCUUUGCCAACCACUGGAACACUUCCAUCCCCUACCCUCCCUGCUUAUCAGCAUCCUGCCACCUUCAGCAAUAGAAACUUUGCUACCACCUCACCAUUGGUGCUUCAGGAUUCAACUUUUAACACUACAUCAAAUGGAAUUUUAAGUCCUCAUGAUCCUUUGCUUCAAAUCAAGACUUCCCAGGGAACUGUUCCAACUGCUUUGACAUUUGAGCGCCUGGGCAGUUCUGCGAUAAGUAACAGCAUACCACCUCAGUCUUCAACAUACCGCUCAGCUCAAGAGUCUGCACCCCAUCUUUUACAACCUCAGUUUAGUUUGUUGCCUUCAGCACUUGGAGGAGCCCAGCAAACUCCUCAAGCCUACGGUUCAACUCUCUUUACUAGUUCUACUGCUUCCAUUGAAAGAGCUCUUCUCCGAGAAUGUAGUGUUAUUAAACACCAUCAGCGGCCUUCAGGUACCCAGUCUAUUCAGGCACAACUGACUGGUUCACAGCAUUCCUUACACAGUUAUCUAUCAAAUGCAAGUGGGGUUAAUUUUCAGGAAACAAGCAGGCAGUCAUCUUUAUCCUGUAGCCCAAUUGGAGAGUCUACUCAGGUGAGCAGUGGAGGAUUGCAACAGAAGCCCUCCCAGGUGUCAGUGGAACUUGCUCAGUCCUAUUCAUCUGCAAUCCCAUCGUCAGGGUAUCCUCCUACUGCAAAAGCAAAAAGCUGUUCUACAAAACAACCACUAGCAUCAACCAAGUCCCCCAAACCUCCAAGUGUAAUUCCUCCUGUGCAAACACUAAGCUAUUCCAAACCUUUACAUAACCAGAGUUCUGUAAUAUCAGGCCAAGCACAAAUUUAUUCUACAGCGCAGCUACCAAGCCUUUUAUCAGUUAGUCAGUCUCAAAAUUACGGUUUAGUACAGCCACAUAAUGUGCCGUCUAUUGUUCAUUCACAGGUUUAUAGGCCCAGCAAAGUCGAGAAGUUGCCGUCCUUGUAUAAAACACUGACUUUUUCUGGCUCGUCUCAGACUAUAACUUCUGAAAAUUCCACACUUAAUUAUUCUUCUAGUCAGCAAGAAGUGUUAUCUUCAGUUACAAAUGAGAAUUACCCUGCUCAAGCAAGAGAUCCCUCUUCAGAUAGCCAGUCUCAGAGUUACUCAUCUGGUCACUCUCAGGGUUUAUCACCAGUUAGCCAGACACAGGUUAGUUUUUCAUCUCAGUCACAAGUUUUGUCAGUUGUUAGUCCUUCAGAAAGCUAUGCUUCAGGUCAGUCCCUAACAUUAACAGCCCCUUCUCUUUCUUAUUCUUCUGCUUCUCGGGCUCAGAAUAUGCCAGAUGCUAGUCCAACUCAGAAUUUUAUUUCUAUGCAUUCUUCCCAAAAUGCUCAGACCCAAGGGUCAUCAUCUCCCCAGUCCCAAAAGUUUUUGCCUGCUGUCCAGUCAUCAUCUUUUGCAACCUCUACUCAUUGUCAGACCUUACAGAAUAACCUACCUUCCCCUGAUCCAAAGUCUUAUGCUGAAAGAAAACUUGACUCAAAUGUUUAUACAUCUUCAAAACAAGAGGAUGAUUUUCCAAUGCAAGAGUUACAGGUAUUACAGCCACAAGUAUCUCUUGAGUCAUCAACUCAAAGGCUGUCUGAUGGGGAAAUGAACGUUCCAGAGUCAGCUUAUAAGGUGUCAAAGGCAGAUGACAGAUAUUCUCAGAGCAUAAUCAGAAGUAAUUCCUGUCUUGAAGAUCAGGUGGUUGGUAUUGCUCUACAAGGGUCUAAAAAAGAAGAAAACAUUGUUGGGUCAAUGACACAACUUAACCAACAAAUUGGCCAAGUCAAUAAUUCUGCAACCCUUGAUAUUAAGAAGACAACUAGUUUAAUGCAAACUCCGCAAAUACGGUUGAAUACUGAAGACCUAAACCAGCAGCAUUCUCUUAUACAGAAGGCACAUGAAGCCAAGGCCCAGGAGCAGCAUGAUCAGAUAAUCAAUGCCUCAUCUCAGAUUCAGAUUCCAAACAGUGCUUUAGGGCAUGGCCAUCAGGUAUCUCUUCCUAAUACACAGGUCCUUUUAGAUUCUGCCUGUGAUCUCCAGAUUCUUCAGCAGUCAAUAUUGCAGGCAAGUUUAGGACAAGUAAAGACAUCUUUACAAGUACAGCGUGUUCAAAGUCCUCAACAAAUAGUACAUCCUUUCCUUCAAAUGGAUGGUCAUAUUAUUCGGAGCAACGGUGAACAUUCUCAGCAGCAACUCCAUCCUCAAAAUUCUGAAAUUAUGAAAAUGGACCUUUCUGACUCUUCAAAACCAUUACAGCAACAUCUGACAACAAAGGGCCAUUUUAGUGAAACAACUCAACAUGAUUCAAAGAAUCAUUUUGUUUCUCUUGGAUCAAUAUGUUUCCCAGAGGCAAUGCUCCUCAGUGAUGAGAGAAAUAUUUUAUCAAAUGUAGAUGAUAUCUUAGCAGCUACAGCAGCAGCUUGUGGGGUCACACCUUCUGAUUUCUCCAAGUCAACUUCAAAUGAAACCAUUCCUGCUGUUGAAGAUGGUGAUUCUAAAUCUCAUUUUCAGCAGUCAUUAGAUGUUGGGCAUGUGACAUCAGAUUUUAACUCCAUAGCAGCUACAGUAGGAAAGCCACCAAAUAUAAAUGAUAUUUCCUUAAAUGGAAAUCAAGUUACUGUAAACCUUUCACCAGUACCUGCUGUUCAGUCAAAGAUGACUCUUGAUCAACAGCAUGUUGAAGUAGCUGGUCAAAAUAAAGCUUCUAAAGUAACUUCAUCAGUGGUCGGACCAGGUCAUGAAGUCCAGGAGCAAAGUUCUGGUCCAUUCAAGAAACAGUCUGCAACCAGUCAUGAACCUGAAGAAGACAGCGAAGUUGCUGUUGAUAGCACAUUAAAUAAUAACAGAAAUCAAGAGUUCAUUUCCAGUAGUAGAAGCAUAAGUGGAGAGAGUGCUACAUCGGAGAGCGAAUUCGCUUUAGGCGGUGAUGACAGUGGUGUGUCGAUGAACUCCUCUAGGAAUACACUUGCCGUGUUGGCCAUGGCCCAGCCUGGGGAGCCAAUCAGUGUCAAGAUGGAAGAGGAAAACCAAGAUUUAAUGCAUUUUAACCUCCAGAAGAAGAAAACUAAAGGAAAAGGGCACGUGAAAGAGGAAGACAACAGUCAACAGAAACAGCUGAAAAGAGCUGCCCAGGGCAAACGCCAGAACCCCAGGGGAACAGAUGUGUAUUUGCCGUAUGCGCCCCCCUCCUCAGAAAGCUGCCAUGACGGCUAUCAGCAUCAAGACAAAAUGCGACAGAAGAUCAAAGAGGUAGAGGAGAAACAGCCAGAAGUCAAAACCGGGUUUAUUGCCUCUUUCUUAGAUUUUCUGAAAUCUGGGCCCAAACAGCAGUUUUCCACUCUUGCUGUGAGAAUGCCUAACAGGACUAGGCGACCAGGAACACAGACCGUUCGUGCAUUUUGUCCACCACCACUUCCAAAGACUGCAGCUGCAACACCCACACCUUUAGUGUCUGAGGCUGGGGCUAACAGUCCAUCAGAAAAACUUGAUAACGAACUUAAAAACUUGGAACAUUUAUCUUCACUUUCUUCUGAUGAAGAUGAUCCUGGAGUAUGCAGUCAUGAUAUUUACAAAAGCAGCUCUACUACCUUGAAUACUUUAGACGCUACUUCUGAUAAAAAGAAGAAAACAGUUUCAGAAGCCACACAGGUGGCAACUACUAGCACAACUGCCAAUACUACUGGUCCUGCUACUACUUCCUCCACCACUGUGGGUGCAGUUAAGCAAGAAACUCUCUGCUCCACUUCAUCUGCAGUAAAUACCCCAGAAAAUAUAAACUCUUCAGAACCCCCAAAGUCCAUCGAACUUGACGGUCUUCCUUCAGACCAGUUUGCAAAAGGACAGGACACUGUUGCCAUAGAAGGUUUUACAGAUGAGGAGGACGCAGAAAGUGGAGGAGAAGGCCAGUACAGAGAGCGUGAUGAAUUUGUGGUAAAGAUAGAAGACAUAGAGACUUUCAAGGAGGCUUUAAAAACAGGAAAAGAACCCCCAGCUAUUUGGAAAGUACAAAAAGCUUUAUUACAGAAGUUUGUUCCUGAAAUUCGAGAUGGGCAAAGAGAAUUUGCUGCUACAAAUAGUUACCUUGGAUAUUUUGGAGAUGCAAAGAGUAAAUACAAAAGGAUAUAUGUGAAGUUCAUUGAAAACACUAACAAAAAGGAGUAUGUCAGAGUGUGUUCCAAAAAGCCAAGAAAUAAGCCUUCACAGACUAUCAGAACUGUUCAGGCUAAGCCAAGUAACAGCAGUAAAACUUCUGAUCCUCCAACACCAAAAACUGCAACAGCAAAAGCCCCUUCCCUGAAACCCAAAGUUAAACAGCUAAAAGUAAAGGCUGAGCCACCACCAAAGAAAAGGAAGAAAUGGAAAGAAGAAUUUUCAUCAUCCCAAUCUGACUCAUCUCCUGAGAUCCACUCUAGUAGUAGUGAUGAUGAGGAGUUUAAUCCUCCAGCUCCUUUUGUCACUCGUUUUUUGAACACACGAGCAAUGAAGGAGACCUUCAAGAGUUACAUGGAAUUGCUUGUCAGCAUUGCUUUGGAUCCUGACACAAUGCAAGCCUUGGAGAAGAGCAACGAUGAGCUACUUUUGCCUCAUAUGAAAAAAAUAGAUAGCAUGCUGAAUGAUAACCGAAAGAGACUUCUUUUGAAUCUUCAUUUGGAUCAGUCAUUCAAGAAUGCCUUGGAAAGUUUUCCUGAACUAACAAUAAUUACUCGAGACUCUAAAGCAAAAAGUGGAGGAUCUGCUAUUUCUAAAAUCAAAAUGAAUGGCAAAGCUUAUAAUAAAAAAACUCUAAGAACUUCUAAAACAACUACUAAAUCUGCACAAGAGUUUGCUGUUGAUCCAGAGAAAAUACAGUUGUAUUCUUUGUAUCAUUCACUCCAUCAUUAUAAAUAUCAUGUUUAUCUGAUAUGUAAAGAUGAGAUUUCUUCUGUGCAGAAAAAAAAUGAAGAUUUAGGGCAGGAAGAAAUUGUUCAGCUUUGUAUGAAAAAUGUAAAAUGGGUAGAAGACCUAUUUGAAAAAUUUGGAGAACUUUUAAAUCAUGUACAGCAGAAAUGUUCCUAA